GCUUGUAUGCGUUUACGGCGGGGGCGUGGCUUGGCCGGGGUUUAGCCAGACCGCGAGGCCGGACGCCGGCGCCAUGGAGGAGUACGCUCGGGAGCCUUGCCCAUGGCGAAUUGUGGAUGAUUGCGGUGGAGCCUUCACUAUGGGUGUUAUCGGCGGUGGAGUCUUCCAGGCCAUUAAGGGCUUCCGCAAUGCCCCUGUCGGAAUUCGGCACCGACUGAGAGGUAGUGUCAAUGCUGUGAGGAUCCGAGCCCCUCAAAUUGGAGGUAGCUUCGCGGUAUGGGGGGGCCUGUUCUCCACCAUCGACUGUGGUCUGGUGCGACUGCGGGGCAAGGAAGAUCCUUGGAACUCCAUCACUAGUGGAGCAUUGACCGGAGCUGUGCUGGCUGCCCGCAGUGGCCCACUGGCCAUGGUGGGCUCGGCCAUGAUGGGGGGCAUCCUGUUGGCCCUCAUCGAGGGUGUCGGCAUCCUCCUCACUCGAUACACCGCCCAGCAGUUCCGCAAUGCACCCCCAUUCCUGGAGGACCCCAGCCAGCUGCCCCCUAAGGAGGGUACCCCGGCCCCAGGCUACCCCAGCUAUCAGCAGUACCACUGAGGAAGUGACCGCCUAUCACCGCCACCGUGGGAGCUCCUCCUCGGUUCCCUCCCCCAUGAUCUACCUCGAUGGGGGGGCUGGCUCCUGGUUGGCCCUGGGACCCUCCAAAGAGGGCCUCUACUCUGUUCCCUUAUCCCAGUUUGGAGGUGAGGCACCCCAACUGCCCUGAUGGAUGGGUCUCUUCUCUCUCAGGGCACCCCAGCCCCCACUCACAUGUAACAAGCUCUCACCCUAGUCCCUUUGGCACCCUGAUGAGUAUUUAAAGCCAGUUUUGAAAUGCCUAUGUAUGUACUCCUUGAGCCACCCAUAGGAGCCGCUCCCUAGGACAAGGGGCAGAGCUCUCUUCGGGGACUUGGGAGCCCUCCAAUUUGGAGUCCCACAGAGAGUGGGCUCUAGUAAAGGUUUGUGGCAUGAAUGUGCAGGAAGGGGAGUAAAUCAAGAUGUGAGUAAGGAUGUGUGGGGACCAAGUGGUGAAUCAUAAGCAGACAGAGGAACAGGCUUGGGAAAGAAGUGAGUGAGCACAAGAUUGCUGGGGUGGCGAGGGUGGUUCAGCACCUGGCACCUCUGACCUCUCCCCGCCCCAUGUCUCUAUCGCCAAGGCUGGGAAGUCUGACCUCAUCAUGAACUCUGUCUUUCUGGAUACCAGUCACCCAUUUGUGAAGCUAAUUCCCCUCCAUGUGGCCUCACCAUGGACCUGGGAUGGAAGUAGGGGCCAGGGGGACCCAGCUUCCUUGAAGAAGGUACCCUUUGUCAGCCUCCUCUUCUGCACCACAGAUGUUUCUGCUCUGCGAUGCUCAGUGUUGUCAGUAUUUAAGGGUACCACAAAAGAACCAGAAAUGAGUUCAUUUUGGGUGUGGGGGAGUUUUGGGAAAGAGAUUUUUCUGGAUGGACAUUUGGCCUCAAACACUUGCAUGUAAACCCCUACAUGUGUGGGGCAGCCGCCCCCACUGGGGUGCAAACAGCCUCAUGGGAAACAAACAGUCCCUUUUGUACAAAGCCAUUGCAAAGAGGUGGAAAUGCCCUCUCUCAUAAAAUCGCUCCCUGGAGAUGCAGAUGCUGAGUUCUCAGGCCUCCCAAGGCCCCAACGGGGACCUGGCCUUGAACUCUUGGCUCCACGGGCGCAGGCCCGGGCCUGCCGGCUACCCCGACACACCUGCAGGACCUGGACCGCAGUCAGACCCAGGGUAUCCCUGGCUGCCACCCUUGUAUUUCUGGUUCGCUCCAUUUGGUCCCUCUCAUUUGGUACACCUAAGCCCCGCCCUUCCUCACCUCCCUGCUGCUAAUAAACGUUGGCCCACUA